GAUGAUGCCAUAUGCUCUAAUUCUGUGGGUCCGUCGUGCAGCGACCAGUCGGGAACAGCUUGGUGGUUGCGCUUCUGGGAGUUUAGUUCUGGUGUGUAGUUUGUGUGAUCGGUCCAGCAUUAAACGGCAGAGUAAGUCGCAGGGUAAACACAGUGCCAGCGGGUCAAUGCGAAGGUGAUGGAGCUAUGACUGCGCCCGCCAUGGGCAUGGUUCACCUUCUCCAAGCAGGCUGCGGAGUUCAGCUGGCUAGGAUUCUGUUUCUAGUGUUGGCGUUGGCUUCACUACUGUUUCUGAUCCCGGAUGGCGUGGGUGCGUUCCGUAUUCGAGACGGCGGCGGUUCAGCUUCUAUCGAGCAAACGCGAACCUCGUGCAAUCCCCUCUUCGGCAAGUGCGCUCAUCAUAAAACGUCCGGAUUGUCAGCCACCACCUCGUCGUCCCCCAUAAUCGGGUUACGCAGGAGAUUCGAGGGUGCAACCGCAUUCCCGUCACGUCCGACGAAAAGUCAACCACUUGUUGAAGAGUCGGGUGAAGUGCGUGACAAUGAUCGAGCACAUGCGGGUGCUUCCAGUUACGUCAAGUCAAAGUUCGAAAAAGUGGCAAGUGUUAAGGUUCCGGAUGUCGUUAGAGCUCAGCUCAGGAAUUCCGCUGUGACAAAAGCUGCUGCUAGUGGUUUUGCCCGGAGUAGCAUUCAGUCGAAGUCUUACUCUGGAAAUUCUUACGAGGAUGACGAUGGCACGAUAGAGACUGAGGAGAACAAGGAUGAUAACGACGAUAGCGAAGACUAUGAUGAAGAAAAUGACGAUGACGAUGAAGAUCGCGAUGACACUGAUGGCGAGGAAGAAAAUGACGGUGAGGAUGGAAAUGAAGACGAAGACGAAGAUGUCGAGAACUAUUCCAAAGAUGAAGAAGGAAGUCAAACAGAAUCGGAAGAAGAGAUUAAGGAUGACGAGGCCACCAAAUCCAGUGAAAAUGAGGACGAUGACGAAGAUGCUGACUAUGGACGAAUAAAAGUCGAAGACGAACAGGUUCUCGGCUCAAAUAACGAGGAUGUUGAAAGUGCUGAGUCUGUGGAAGAUAAACACAUCAGAAUAAAGCACGAAGCUAAAAUUGCGAAGCAGGAUAUGCCAAGUGAUAAAAUGAGCAUAAAAGUUACUCCUGUGCAUCACAUGUGGUCCAUUGAAAAUAGUACAAGGCAGAGCAUUGAAGAUAUCGAAAAAUUAAUAACAGCAGACAGUACGGGACAAAGCAACGAAGAUAUGGAAGCCGCGACUAAAACCACACGGCAUGAUGACGGAGCCAGUGAUCAAGCUGCAGUGGUGGAUCUCGUUGAAGAAAAUGGUGAUAAAUUUGUCGCUCAGGAAACAGAAUUCGACGGGACAACUCUGGAUGCUUCGAAAAUCAGUGUUAGUAAAUACUCGACCAGUGAAAAUGGCGACGACGGCGAUCAAUCAGAGGUGAAAAAGGAUGACACAGGUAAAGUCGAGGAUGUGGUUGUACCUCCGCCACGAAAGCUUGAACGUGUCAGACUCGCCGACAAAUCGAAAUCAAUGGAAGUAGUUCUCGGUAGGUCGAUUGAAGACUCGUUUGAUAAAGCUGCACCUCAAAAGGUUACGAAAACUGAGCCUCGACAGGUACAGAAAGUUUCGAGCGACGCAGAGAAAAUCGAAGUCCUGAAGCCAGCGUCCACCGAUAAGCAGAAGUCGGAAUCAUUGCUUGUCGUAAAACCAUCAGAAAAUAUCAGCCUACCUCUCGCCUCGCAAAACACGAAUGGAACGGUAAAAAAGGGAAAGAACAAAGCAGGACCCAGGCAGCCCACAAAGGAAGCCAAGCCACCGCCCCAGCCACUGGCAAAACAAUCCGAAAAGUCCAAAGUCAAGGUCCCUGAAAGAGAAUCAGAUCAAAAGUCAACUAAGUCAAAUGCUAAGCCAAAGAAACGGAUGGAGGCCUCCAUCACUCUGUCGGAACUGAACGACUUAUUACUGACCACACCGUCAUUUACGCCAAACUUUACCGCUAUAGAAAACCCCGUCUGCCAGCAGCACGGAAAAAUAUUUCUACGACAACUUCGUGGAUACAAAUUGUGGGCCUUGCAAAUGUUGGAUUCGAGCGCUAAAGUGCCAUCGGGCUUGUUACGCGGUAACAUAAAUCAGCUGGGCGACUUUGACCAAUGUCUGGGUGUCAAGGCGUACGUCAAGGUCGAUGAGAAGACGGUUAAGGUCCAGGGAAAGUAUUGCCUGGCAACUAUUGAUUUGCAGGCGACGAGACACGACACGAAAAUUCCUGUGAACUUUAUGCAGAGCCGAGCGUUCCUCAGAGCCAGCAUGAACGGGCCAUCGCACUUCAUUCCAAGAUUCACUACCGCUAACUGGGCACUUUGUGUUCCGGCUGCCUGCUCACCAGCGGACGUUCAAUCGGUGAUAAAGGACGCUCUUAGCGCUUACAACGAAUCAAUGGGACUAAGGUUUUCCAUCGGUGUUGACCCGGAUUCUUGCUACGUUAAACAGAAGGCGCAGCCGUACUCCAAGGAGACAGUUGCCAUUUUGUAUUUUUACGCGAUGACAGUGUGCCUGGUCUUGGUUGCGACGCUGCGUGAUUUUUUCCUCACUUUCGACAGGCCGGGCAGCUAUUCCGAAAGAAUUAUAAUGGCAUUCUCAUUGCGACGAACGACGACGUUACUACUGCAGGAUUCCCAAAGCGGGAACGACAUCCGAUGCAUACAUGGUAUCAGAACGCUGGCGACAAUUUUACUCUACGUGGCUCACAAACUGAUCCCCAUGUCCAGAAUACCUUUUGCAAACAGAAUAUCUUUAACUGAGGUGGCCAAUAAUCCGAUCAGUUCUAUUCUAAGGGUUUCGCUCGUAUACACGGACUCGUUCCUACUUCUGAGCGGAGUUUUAACCGCGUACAACAUGGCUAAGGAAUACAAUAAACGUGGGGAGAUUCGAUGGUUCUGUCGAUUUGUCACCAGGUUCAUCAGGUUAACACCAGUGCUUCUGGCUGUGGUGUUUUGGUACGCGUUUGUCAUGGAGCACGUGGGAUCUGGACCACAGUGGAACAGCGUUGUCAAGAGCAACGCUGAUCUCUGCAAGAAAAAUGCCUGGACCAAUUUACUUUACAUUCAAAAUUUCUUGCCAUUUGAAGAAAUGUGCGCCACGCACACGCAUCAGCUUGCUUUGGACAUGCAACUGUCUUUGAUAGCCCCGAUGCUGGUUUUCUUCCUCUACAACAAACCAGUAAUCGGUAUCCUUGUUAUACUUUUCCUGCUACAAGUAUCGGCAACUCUCCGCUAUCUGGCUACGACGAACAACUAUUUAUCUUUGGUUAUUUUUCACGGAAUGACGCUGAAGCACUUGUACAAAACGGCUAAUUUGACGUACGCGCUGCCAUUGCACCGAGCCACCCCUUACCUCUUUGGUACAGCGCUUGGCACACUCAUGCAUUACACCGGGAAGCAAGUUCGAAUUCACAAGAUACUUGUAAUUAUUGGAUGGGUAGUGGCUGCUGCCUUGGGAUUCUGGUCGUUAUUUUCCCCGUGGAGAUCGGCUAGAAGAGAUUACACUUAUGAUGUUGAGGAAGCAACUUAUUAUGCCGUGGUCCUGCCAGUGUUCUGGGCCAUUUCUUUAUCGUGGGUUAUAUUUGCCUCGUUUACCCAAAAUGGAGGAGUAUUAAACAGAUUUUUGUCCCACCAUUGGCUGGUGGUAUUGAGCAGGAUUUCUUACUCCGUUUACCUGACACAAUUUGCGGUAUUCUUCUACAACGUCGGAAUCACAAGGUAUACGGCAGAAUUCCAACUUCAUAGAUCCAUCGAUUUGUAUGAAGCAGCAGCCGUUAUCAGCGUAUCAGUGACAUUGACGCUGCUUCUGGAUUUGCCUAUGCAAGAAGUAAAGAACGUGAUAAUGGAAUUCACAGAUGGAUUGACGGUGGAUAAGGUCAGCAGCGUGGAUAAGGCUGAUGAAGAAACGACUGAGACUGAAAACCACAUAUUAGUAAAACAAGUAGAAAAAGACAGCGCACUAGCUGACGAAGAAGUUGAGUCCACUGGCUGGGAUUGGCAAAAGGACAUAGUUUCGAGCAGGAAUAUCGAGGAUGAAUAUCUAGAUGGUGAAGAAACACUUGACGUUCAGACAUUCAAGAAUGACCAUCCUAGAAGAAAAUCAUUCAUUAGACGCAACGCGGAGGAGGAAGAGGAAAUUCCCACGUGGGACUGGAUACAAACCCCUGUUAGAAAAAUACCAAGACGAAGCAACGACGAGGACAAAGAAGUGAGGAGGGAAAGGAGAAGCCUUAGUCGUCAGGAAAUAUUAGCGAACGACUACGUAGAUGAACCGAAAGCUCUAAAGAGAUCUUCCGUUCAACAACCACGGGACGAAGAUGUUUGCAGAAGAGAUGGACGGUCGCAGCCUAGAACUUGGGAAAGUAGAAAAACAAUGGUACAGGAUCUACAGGAAUCGUCAAGGAAUUUCAAACAGAGAGACGAUUCAUUCUUGAGAGCUGGUGACGGCAGAAAGUCAGACCUCAAGGAUCACGAAGUCCUAUCGAGGGAGUCAACGAAAGGAGAACGACCUUCAUCGAAAGAUACUGAUGGAGUCUCGGCUUCAAUGUGGAGACCGAUAGAGCAGCCGUCAUGGGAAUACGUGAACAGAGAGCGUUCAGCCUCUCAGAGCGCGAGAGAUGGGAAAAGAACAGUAACGAAAGGUUUGGAUGGACAAUCAUCAGCGCUCAGAUCGUCGACGGGAUCUUUGCCACGUGCAAGUGAUCUCCAGAGAAAAGUACUGAGUGAUACAGAAGAGCCGACAUAUUGGAAGAAGAAGCAAUUACCGGCGAAGGUCUUGCCGUUGGAAGAACCGAGGGUGAGUGACGAGGAGAACUGGGAAUACGAGCUGCGGUUACGAAGGCAGAAGAUAGGCAAGAUUUUGCCAUCCGAUGAAACUGGAACUGCGAGCGAAGAGGAGGACUGGAGCAUGCUGAGGAGACGAUCUUCAGCCGAAGGUAAAAUGGCUCUGUUGAACGACUCGUCAGAAAUAAAAAGUUUCGGCGCUUGGAGUAUCAGCAAAGUGCCAAACACGACCUCCGAUGCCUAUUCACACGAGCCGAGCGAAAGUGAGGAAGAAAAUGCGUACGAUGUUACUAGAAAUGAUUAUCGCGAGACUAGACCUCCAUUCCGAGAACGGUACGACACCCAGAGCGAAGACGAGACGAGCUGGAACCCGUCUAGGCAACAGUCACGCCCUGCCGUAAGUCCAACGACAUUUGUAGAUGAGGAAAAAGAUCCGUCGAGCUACGAUUUUAUGUUGAAAAAGGUAAGCAAACGGACGUCGCUGCAGAAUCUAGAUAGAAUUUCGCAGGAGGAACUGGAAGCGGAGGAGGAUACUGGGUGGGAUUUUGUCAAGGAAGAAAACGCUGAUAUGAGCGACAGCCAGACCACGUCAACUGGACUUUUCAAGCGGGCCUCCAUUAUCAGAAGUCAAGCGAGCGAGGAGGACCCGGAAUACGUAUUGCCAGAGCGGCCGAAGCUUGUUGAGCAGGAGCAGGAACAUCCCUUCAAAAAGGCAUGGCAGAUGCAGAAGUCCAGGUCAGAGGAAGAUGGCCCAGUAGGAUUCUUAGUCAAGGAUAAAGACGCCAGACCGCGGUCAGGUGGCUCGGAAGGACGAAAAGAUGCUCCGCAACAGGACGAGAUCAAACGUGCUAGGCCAUCAGCAGGAGGACAGAACGAAGACCUUAGUUACUUUGGAGGCGAUGAAGCGGAAUCGACUUCAGUCUCAUAUCCUGCUAGUAAUAGCGGUGAUAGUGCUAGUCUGGAUUGGAUUGAGGAUGAAGAACGCUCCACGGUUAGUGGGCUUGAGGAAACUGAGUUGGAGUCGACAGAGUCCGCAGAAAAAGAUGCGGAGUUCCUGACUGGAAAAAAGGAACAAAUGCGGUACUCGGAAGAGGCGAAUUGGGAAUGGAAUCAAGAGGAGACUUGACGGAUUUGGGCUGUGGUAUUGGGCAUAUGUUAUAACGGUGGCUGAAAGACAGUUAAAUACGUACAGCUGGUGCGAGAUGAAGAAUGAGAAGAUGAAGAAUAUGCAGAAGAAGCAGCGGGGUCCGAUUUACCGGAAAUUAUUCCGUACGUCUGAAGACGGGGACUCUUAAGUAUCCCAAUAUAUAGACAGGUCCAUCAUCACAUUAGGGUAUAAUACAUUAGAGGAAAUAGAUAUUUAUGCUCUUUAAAAGUACGGUUUUAUUUUGUAUCAGGCGUCUGUAGUAUUGGUAUCUUGGCUCUCAUUUUUCCUGUCGGUAUUUGCCUUUUGUCUCCCUGAAAUAAUGAAAAUAUACACACUAUGAUUUCAAUAUUAAA